AUGGCCCUCUUCAUCAAGUACUGGACUUCUCUGUCUGAUUCACUACUCUGCCUUGAGUCACCCAAGUUCAGCAUGGAGUGGCCGACCAGCUCUUUCCAGCCGUCCAGAGAGGAUACCCAUCCAGACAGCCUUUCCGUCAAUUCUUUCCUCUUUCCGUACUCUCCGGCGGUUCCUGGAUCCUACCCGGUCUCCUCUAUUCCUGCAACUUAUCCAGACUGGCUCUCUACCUGCAAUGCCGGAUUUCCCCUUAGAAUUGAGCCUCGUGGUUGGACAGUCAAUCCGACGGAUGUUUCUGGCGGCAGUGAUAUUUCACUGCAAGGGGAUGUGGCGCAGGCCUAUUCUGCCUGUGAUGAAAUCCCUGCCGGUACCUUUGCUGUGAUGGACGCUUCUAGUGGUCAGCCCGAGACGCUUGCCAGCGCACAAGCAGACUCAGCCUUGGCUACGCCCAAUAAUGUCGCAAGCCACCAACGAGACAAGGCUCCGGAAAGUGCCCGUAGCCCUCCAGUCUUUGAAUGCAAAUGGGAAGGCUGCCAGAGCUCCACCCGUUUCAGCAGCGAAGGGGACCUUGUCCGUCAUCUUAAGUCGAUCCACAUUUCCCCUGAUGCUUAUUCCUGUCUACACUGUGGCGAGUUGAACAUGCAACCGGGCCGGACGCACGCUGCGUUGUGGCAGCGUCCAAAAAGCCUCACUCAAUUCUGCAACUAA